UUCAAUAGUUAGGACAUCAGCAUACGUAUACUGUGUAUUUCAACAAUCGACAGCAAAAAAAAAUAGUUCGUUUCAAAAUGGCCAUGACAAUUUUUUCAACAAGUCAAAUUUCAUGCGAAAUGACUAUUAUAGACUUUCAACUAUUACAAUCCGAAAGUUAUGCCUUCAAAUUGCGUGAUCUCGAUUGGAAAUUUCAUGUGGAAAAAGUGUCGGGAACCGAAGGUGAUGCCAUCAAUGUGCAUUUGGAACGAAUCAUUAGGGACGGUGAUAAUGCAUACGGUUCAUACGGUUGCAUUGCAACUAUUAACGUUGAAUUGAAAUCAUUUUACGAGGGAGUGCCGCAUCACACCGACUUUAUUCAGCCGGAAGAAUAUAGUGCCACGAACAAAAUGUGGUCGAUCAAACCGUUUAUCAAAUACGACAAAUUGAUGGACUCGAAGAUGGGAUACAUUAACGAUAACAACGAAAUUCGUUUGCAAAUCAAGGUCAAAGCGGACGAACCAACGAAACCGAACGAAAAUGCAAAUGUUCAUUUGAAAAUUGAGCCAACCGAACAACCCAUGAAAGUGACGCUAAAUUUGAUGUUUGACCAAAUCAGCAAUGUACUUGCAAUUAUCUCGCCGGAAUUCAUUCUGUGGGAUAUGCCGAUGCGUGUGCAAGUUUACAAAAAUUCCAUUUGGGAUGACGAAAAAUUCCAUGCGUUGAGCGUAUUUUUGUGGAAUUGUCGCAAAAAUGGAAACAAAAAGGUAAAGCUGAACGCCAAAAUAAAGUUGAUUGCGAUUGGACCAGAUGGCAAUUUUUUAACACCGACGGACAAUAAUAAUUUUGAGCAAAAUACUGGCACACAGGAAAUUGACGAAGAUUGUACAUGGGCGGGCUUCUCGAGCUUCGUGAGAUGGCAAACAUUACAAAAAACGUACAUGACAAGAAGUGGUUCGAUUUGCAUGCAAAUUGAAAUACAAAAGGAAGAAUUUGUGGCUGAAAAUCGGGUACCAAGUCCACAGCCAGGACCCAGCUGUAGUUCGGCGAGUUCUCGCCUGUCAAAUGGAUCGAUUAUACAAUGUAUGUGCUGUUUCAAAAACAUUGACUUCUGCACAUUGUGUCGUGUAUCAUGUGGUCAUCUUUACUGCUAUGAAUGCGUCCAUGAAGAUCUGAAGCUACGCAAAAUAUGCAUCAUGUGCAAUGAAGAAUUGGAUCUCAGUCUUCCAGCACAAAUUAUUCUACUCGACUGAAAUAUUUUCAUUUUUACAAACAUCAUAAUUUUUUUUCUUUAUUUUCGUAAUU